AUGUAUGCUAUUCAUCUCAUUUUGAUUAUUUCUUUUGUUUGUGCCGGACUCGUAUACUCAAACCAAUGCCGUGACACUGCUGGAGAAGACUGCUGCCUCAACCGCGAAUGCUCUACAGACGCCGGUAACGGAUACUGCCGUAACAGGAACAACCAGACGUGCGAGGGAGAGUAUGUCGUGGGGUCUGGUCCCACCUACCCCUGCCCAGGUCCAACCUAUAUCGUUUGCUGCGUGCGGUGGGAGGAUAUGGUGAAUGAAACAGAUACGUCUUCUUCGAGUACGAGUUCGCAGACGACGCUUACGCCGAGUUCGAGUUCGAGUUUCGUGCCGUCAUCAUCAUCAACGACAGAUGGAUCAUCGCCGACGGAGACGGGUUCCUCUUCUUCGGAUUCGAACUCAUCGUCGGGGUUGACGGUUUCGCAGAAAGGUGGGAUCGCUGGUGGGAUUGUGGGCGCUGUUGCGGUGACAAGUCUUGUGUUUGUGCUGGUUUGGUGGAUGCGGAGGAGACGUCGGCUGCUGGGGAAGGGGGAGAAUGUUGGUGAUGGAGAUGGGGACGGGGACGGCGGUGAUAACCGAGCUGUGACGGAAACCGCGGUUGGGGCGAUGACGGGGACAGGCUCUGUUGAGCGAGGACGCGAAGACGAAGAAGAUAAAGGCGCGGCGAUGCUGGCGUCGAGGGAGAAGCAGGAGUUGGAUGGGUCCGGCCGGGCACUGCAUGAGAUGGAUUCGGAGACGGCUAUGACGCCGACGACGCCGACGGGGAAUGAAAAGGGUGCGCCGGAGACGAAGGUAAGAAGAAUGGCGGAGCUACCGGGCUCGUUGGCUGCGAUCGCAGAGAUGCCUGUUCCUGAAGAGAGACGGGGAUGA